AUGACAGAGCAUGAGGUCAAUAGCUCCAACCCGGGCUCCCUGAUUCGGCACCAAGAAUGGAUCUUCGCCCUAGUCACAUCCCUCCCAGGUCCGGCCAGGGUCGAACCUGGCCAUGAUGGUUGUGGAUUAGCAGAGAGAGACCAAACCUCCUUCAUGCACCCACUUCCUCCGGAGUCCUCACCACUGGAUGUACAGGGUCCGCUGGCUGACCCUCCUUCUGUGACGGGGCCCACGGAUGCGAGACCCGGUGGCGAGUGCAAGCAAGCAUGCAAACCCAGCACGAACACCUCCACGAUGGCAGGCCGUCCGUGCCCCUCUCAGUGUGGGACCCGCCGUUCAUUCCUUUUCGCCUGUGACCUGUUCGAUCGAUGCAUCGCGCCCGGGGCCGACGGGCGGUGGCCAUUGGCCUGUGGGCGCAGGUUGCUGGGUCCUGGGUUGACGGCGGGUGGUCGAGCAUCCACUAAUCACGCCGCCACCCUGUCGGCCACUCUGGUGACGGUGCCAGAACGUUGA